CCAUCGCUGGGAUUCGCACCCGGCUCAUCUCAUUGGAAGGCGAAUGCUCUAUUCUAUCCCCAGAACCACCACGGCUCUAAUUAAAUCAUUAAAUAAAUAUCGUUUGUUUAAAUUGUCAUCUUUGGUCAAAUAAUUAAUGCGCAACAUUUUCAUUAAUUUUGUGCCCGAGAUUGCCAUUGUUAUUCAAAUUAAUUAAUGCUGCUCAACUUUAAUGUCGAGAACUUGACUUUCACGCGAAAAAAUUUCCAAUUUAGAAUAAAAGUUUAAAUCGGGGAAAGAAAAAAUUGGAAAUAAAAAUUUCUACUAAGAGUUUCAAAGGUGAAGAAUUUCAAGCACAGAAUAAAAACACUCACACACAAAAAAAAAAGAAACAAAAAAAAACAAAAACAAAAAAAAAACUUGAAGAAUAUUCUAAAUAUUUUUUUAAAUGCGUUAAAACUUACAUUAUGUUUCAAACAAAGUUACAGUUCUUAUUUGAAUUUAAUCCUAAAGUUAGAUGACUACAGUAAGAUUCAAAUUUAAAGCAAAAAUCAGGGAAGGUGUUGUUGCAACUUACUUACAUAAGGAUAGGAUGAUUUGCUUAUUUUUGCUGAUAAAGGGGAGGGGGAGUCCAAACAUGCUUAUGUAUUAUUUGACCGGUUCCCGUGAGGAUUUUAAAUUUUAAUAACUUUGAAACAUAAUGAAUAUUUUUAUCAAUAUUUUGAAGUGAAUGGUGAAUGACAAAACAAACAUUUUAGUGGAAAUAAUCGAAGUUGUCAAAAGUGGAAUGAUUGUUUACUUUUAUGGUUUUCUUACUAUUUCCUCUUUCGAUAAUCACAUCCUGAUUAUCACCUGUGAUUGCAAAGUUGUUCACAGUUUGCAGACUUCCGGCGGUCAUCUUUUGACCAUCAUAAUCAGGUGGUCAUUCUGGUUCUGCGGCUUCUCUUGAUCUCAUCAAAUAAGAUAUCUUUAUCAAUUCUCCUUCAGUUUAACUGUCAUUAUCAACUCUCCUUCAGUUUGACUAUUAUUUGGUUAGGAAAAGACGUUGUUAAAAAAUACGGACUUAUUCUAAUACUUUCCUUUAAAUAAGUAAAUGUUACCCAAAAUAGGUAAGAAAACAAUUUAAAUGGAAGUUCUAGUUGUAAGUUUUUAUAGGUCGAUUUGGAAGGGAUGCCAGAAGAUGCCGACGCUGACCAGCACGUAGCCAUGCGACCAUCCCUUACAUCUCCACCUCUUAACACUCCUCUACCUGCCAAGGGUCCCCUGCUUUCCACUUCCUCUAAGAGGGCCCAAACGGAGGACUUGCCCCUCACCAAUGGUACAUCCGAUGACCGUCCUUCCCAAAUCAAUGGUAUCUCGAAAAAGAACCCAGAAGACGAGAAGAUACAAGAGUACCUGCAGCGCAGCGACACCGCCGUCAUUUAUCCGGAGCCCGUAGGUGGUAUGAGCCCCAAACAAAGAGAAGAUAAACACCAGUCCGGUAGUCCAGAACCCGUGCCUGUAACAGAAGAGAGCAGCUUGAAGUGUCCCCGUUGUGAUAAAAUAUUCUCAGGUCAGCAGGCGAUGCGAGAUCUUAAAGAGCAUCAUUCUGUGCAUCACAAAGAUGCUGAUCCUCCUGAAUCUCUUUUCACUUGCCAGAAAUGUAACGCCUCCUUCACAACCAAAGAGAAUCUCAGCAAGCAUAAAGUGUAUCACGUCUCAAAUGGCCAGUCUUCAAAUGUUCAAACAAAUGAUGCCGAACGUAGAUUCAAGUGCUCGGAGUGUGGCAAAGCCUUCAAGCUUAAACAUCACCUACAAGAGCAUCUUCGAAUCCACAAUGGUGAAAAACCUUUCAUGUGCCCUAACUGUGGGAGGAGAUUCUCCCAUUCUGGUUCUUUCUCGGCACACAAUACAAGCAAAAAGUGCCUCGUCGUCAACCUCAAGGUGCGCAAAGUAGACAGUCGCUCUCCUCGAGGUCGUGGCAACUCACAAAAUAAUUCUCUCCGCCCAAUCAUUCCUAAGUAUCGCUCUACUGGUGCCGGUGGAAGUAUAACAUCAUCCGCACCAACCGAGAUGCCACUGAUACCUGCCGGAUACAUGUCUUCUCCCGAGAGGUUCUCCAGUUUUUCCAGUCGACCCCAACAACCUUACUUACCUUUAACCUUUCCUCAUCCAAUGCACUACUUACCCAUGUCAACAUUUCCAGAAGUGACGCAACUCUUACAGCAACGAAGGUACGAGAAUGAAGUGGAGAAUCACUCGCAGCUUCCACCUCAGAUUCUACCUACUUCAUCGCACCUCGACAAAUCUGACAGCUCGCCACGAUCAAGCCCAAAACCACAAGGAGAACUGAAUGCUGUGAAGAAGAUUCUCGAAAUCGUCGACAACACUGUCUCCAAGCAACAGCAAUCACCAACCCGACCUCGGAAUGGUCUUCUUUCCGAAUUGCUAAGUGCCGCUCCCCAGUCGAGCAUCAAAUCACCUCCACCCUAUAACGACAAUCGAUGUCGUUACUGUUCCAGACUCUUCGAUUCGAACAUUGAGCUCCACCAGCAUGAGAGGUACCUGUGUUCAAGUAAUAUCGAACUCAGAAGCAGGCCCGAAUCUCCUCGUGAAAACGGUGCCAGUGAAACUGAAUCUUGUGAAGAUAGCAAUAGAGUUUGUAUGUCCCCAUCCGCCCUUAGCGUAGACUGUGAACUCACACUCAAAGCCCAUUUCCAAAUGAAUCCUCGUCCAAAGAAAUCGGAACUCAUCCGACUAGCCCAUGAUCUGAAGUGCUCUGUGAGAACAAUCCAAGAGUGGCUCCAGAGGCAGCAAAUGCGUUCUAAAGACUACGCUAUGAAUGGCAAUGCUUCGCCAAGUCCGACGCCUUCUCGCCAACAAGCCAUUUCAUUCACCCCUUCGGUUCUUUCUGAUUGCAAUGGUCAUCCUUUUGUACCUCAUUACAAUGGUGCUAUUUCAUCGUGUGCUCCUCUCGUGCCCUUUCGGCCCAUUCCAGAAUCUCCCCGCCUCAACGUGGAAGAAGACCAACCUCUGGACCUGUCUUUUAAGUUGAAAAAGGAGGAUACUGACCUCUACCCUCCAGAAAAGUCUCAGUCUCCAGUGAAUCACUUGGAGAGUGAAGUGUUGAAUCUCAGCCAAAGAUCAUCUCGGACGCCACCCAAAGUAGACAGCCCUUCAUCUGUUCAAAGCAAUCGCCUCUCACAAUUUCCCGGGCAGAAUAACCAAGGUGAAGAUUCAUCCGCCCAAACAACUAGCCUCAGUAGUUUACAUUCAUCUCUGUUAUAUAAAUACAUGCAGAUGGGAAUGUCGGGACAGCAGCAGCAGCCGCGUGAAGAUCGAAUCAAAUCUCCAAUGGUCGAGGCAGUUUUGUCUCCAGAUCACUCACCUUCUCGAGCAGAUCAACCUCUCAGUAUGUCGUCACCCGGGGGUUAUGCAAACAACAGUAGAAGUCCCAAUGCCACAACGGGAUCUUAUUAUCACGCAGAAGAACCCACUGACAGCAGUCUUUAUAGUCCUAGUGCCAAGAAACCCAGAUUGUGGAAUCAGGGAGAUGGUGAGGAUAGUGCAAUGGGGGAUAGUCCAGGUCCAGAGGAGGAAUGUUCUGUUGGUUCAUCUGGAAAGGCAAGAAAAUCUUGGAAACUGCACAAAGUCGAAGCCGAGGAAGGCAUGUACGCUUGCGAUCUAUGUGAUAAAAUGUUUAGCAAGCAGAGCUCACUGGCAAGACACAAAUAUGAACACUCAGGGCAAAGACCACACAAGUGUGAUAUAUGCGGCAAAGCGUUCAAACACAAGCAUCACCUCACUGAGCACAAAAGACUGCACAGCGGCGAGAAGCCAUUCCAGUGCAGUAAAUGUUUCAAAAGGUUCUCACACUCCGGCUCUUACAGUCAACACAUGAACCACAGGUUCAGUUACUGUAAACCUUACCAUGAGUGAAAUGUGACCUUUUUUGACCUUCCUUCUUCCUUUCUUCUUUGUUUUCGCUACUCCCGUGACUUUUUCCCUUCCCUCAUCAUCAAAUUUGAUAUGUGCAUUUCAAAGUUUAAUAAAUAAAAAAAGGGGGGAAAAGCGAACUAGUAAUCAAGGGGUGCUAAUUUUUAUGGAACUACAGAAGGAAUUUUAUUUGAUGACUGGAAAAUUGUGCAUCAAAAAUGUGAAGAUAUAAGUUACCUAUUUUGAAACCAAAGACAUGUUUAU